AUGUAUGAAAAGAUUAUCAAGGGUGAUCUUGGGGCUGAUGUGAAAAUAAUUGACUUAAGAACGGACACUAUAAGUAAACCUACUCAAGAAAUGAGGGAGGCUAUGUAUAUUGCCGAACUUGGGGAUGAUGUUUACGGGGAGGAUCCUACAGUUAUUGAAUUAGAACGAAGAUCUGCUGAGCUUUUAGGGAAAGAAGAUGCUGUGUUUUUGGUCAGUGGAACCAUGGCCAAUUUGAUAGCUAUGAUGGUACAUUGUCCAAAUAGAGGUAGUGAAAUAAUAGCUGGUGAUAAGAGCCACACAUUCCGUUUGGAGCAAGGGGGUGCUUCUCAACUUGCUGGAAUCCAAACAUAUACAGUUGCGAAUAAAGAAGACGGUACUUUUGAUCUCGACGAACUUAGAGAAAAAAUUAGAAAAAAUCCUGAUAUCCAUGAACCAAUCACAUCUCUCGUUCUUGUAGAAAAUACUCAUAAUUUAUGUGGAGGAAAGGUUUUACCUUUGGAUUGGUUAGAAAAAGUAAGCCACAUAGCAGCAGAACACAACAUUCCCAUCCACAUGGACGGUGCUAGAUUGAUGAAUGCUGCAACAUAUCUGAAAGUAACACCACGUAGAGUUGUGCGAGAUGUGGAUUCUGUUUGUUUCUGUUUAAGUAAAGGUUUGGGAUGUCCCAUUGGUGCAGUCUUGUGUGGUAGCACAAAUUUCAUCACAAAGGCUCGACGUGUUAAGAAAGUAUUAGGCGGUGGAUGGAGACAAGCUGGAGUACUAGCCGCUGCUGGCUUAGUAGCAAUAGAUACUAUGAUAGAUCGUCUGAAAGUAGAUCAUGAACAUGCCUAUAAAAUUGCCAAAGCUAUUUACCAUACCAGAUCGAACAUUUUCAAGGUGCAAUUGGCUAAAGUACAAACCAAUAUUCUCUUGAUGUACUUAGAUACGACUAAAGUCGAUAUCAAAGAAUUACAGCGCAGACUGCAAACGGUGUUAGAGACAGACGAUGUGCGCGCGAGUGUUAGAUGUUCGUCUUUGAAAUCUAAUUGUGUUAGAUUCGUGUUAUAUCAUGAAAUUACCGACGAAGAUGUACAACUUGCUAUCGACAAAAUUCGAUUGGUAAUCAGAGAAUAUGAGGAAAAGUUUAAAAUUUAA